GAGAGGGAGGUAGAGGGGGUGUAUGGAGGGCAGUCUUUAGGAUACAGCAGAGUGAGUGAGUGAGUGAGGAGAGAGGGAGAGAGUGGGAUGCUGACAGACUCCUGAUAGAUGGCUAAAAUGGCGAGAGCUUGUUCGACCCCAGCGAGCCUCCAAACUGCAGCCCUGUAGGUCGGAUCAUGGAGUAGUUGCAUCUGGAGCUGGAUAUCUGACGUUCCUCCGCUUUUUCUUUUUUCCUUUGAUUUUUUUUUUUUUAAAAUAAAUUCUUCACCUCUUUGUGCUCAUAUCUACAAGUGCUGGAAUAUAUAUAUAUAUACAUAUAUAUAUAUCUAUAUAUCUGUAUUUUCUUUUGCUGUGUUUAAAUGGCAUCCACAAGGCGCCGCCGCCUUGUUCCGGGCUUUUUGGGAGUACUCGUCCUGCUGAGCGCUGUUAUCGGUGGGACGUGCGAAGCCGAGCUCUCCUUCACCCUGGAGCCCAGCGACCUCAUCGCCGUGCAGGAGCAGCCCCUCAUGCUCCACUGCCAGGUGGACGGCAUCCCCCCGAUCACGACGCAGUGGAGGCACAACGGCCUCCUCUUGACUCAGGGCGCGCGUCACGCCACCUUCGCCAACGGCUCCCUGCUCAUCGCCCGCUUCCAGAAAACCAAAUCCGACGGCUCGUCCGAUGAGGGCGACUACGAGUGCGUGGCCCAGAACUCGUUCGGGCUGGUGGUGAGCCGCAAGGCCCGCAUCCAGGCAGCCACCAUGGCAGACUUCCACGUCCAGCCGGAGUCUGUGCACGCCGAGGAGGCCGGCGUGGCUCGGUUCCAGUGCCAGAUCCACGGUCUACCGGAGCCCGUCAUCAGCUGGGAGAAAGACAGCCGUCCAGUGGACACCAAGGACGAGAGGUACACGCUUCUUCCCACUGGUGUUCUGCAGAUCACAGGAGUGCGUGAGGAGGACAGUGGACGGUUCUGCUGUGUGGCCCACAACAGUGCCGGAGUGAAACAUAGUGCUGAGGCACUCCUGACUGUUUCAGGCUCUCAGUCAUCUGUUUACAAAGAGCCUAUGAUCCUGGUCGGUCCAGAGAACCUAACCCUCACCGUUCACCAGACCGCCAUCUUGGAGUGCGUUGCUACUGGAUACCCUCGACCCAUCGUGUCUUGGAGCAGACUAGACGGCCGUCCCAUUGGGGUGGAGGGAAUCCAGGUCCUCGGCACAGGAAACCUGAUGAUCUCAGACGUCGGCGUGCAGCACUCAGGGGUGUACGUGUGCGCCGCCAACAAACCGGGGACACGUGUCCGUAGGACCGCACAGGGACGCCUGGUGGUCCAAGCUCCGGCAGAGUUCGUUCAGCCUCCGCAGUCCAUCGCGAGGCCCGUCGGCACCACCGCCAUCUUCACCUGCCAAGCUCAGGGAGAGCCUGAGCCUCAGCUCACCUGGCUGAAGAACGGGCAGAUUCUGGAGCCCGGGGGCCACGUCAAACUCAGGAACAACAACAGCACACUGACGAUAUACGGCAUCAGCCAGGACGACGAGGCCAUCUACCAGUGCAUCGCCGAGAACAGCGCCGGCUCCACGCAGGCCAGCGCCCGCCUCACGGUCCUCUGGGCCGACGGGCUGCCCGGCGUGCCCGCCCACGUGCAGGCCGAGGCCCUCUCGCCCACCACCAUCCAGGUGUCCUGGAGGGAGCCCGACCAGAACACUCAGGACAUCAUCGGAUACGUGCUCCACAUCCGCAAGACCUCAGACCCAGCAGACAGGGAGUACGAGGAGGCCGUCAGUAAGGUGACGCUGCAGCAGAUCAUCCGGGACCUGGAGCCCUCCACCAGCUACACCUUCUACGUCAAGGCCUACACGUCCCACGGGGCCAGCAAACCGUCUGACAGCGUCACCGAGAGCACCCAUGGGGAGGUGCCGGCUCCUCCUACGCUCUACACGAAGGUGUUGAACAGCAGCGUCGUACAAGCGACGUGGGAGUCGUCCUCCAAGAUGGGCCAGCAUCAAGGCUUCAGACUUUACUACAGACGAGCGCACGCACCCCUGUUCACCGGGCCCGUCUCCUUCCCCCGCAACGUCACCCGGUACAACAUCAGCCAUCUGGACUCCUCAUUGGUCUACGAGAUAAAACUGCUCGCCUACAACCAACACGGAGAUGGGAACGCCACCGUGCGAUUUGUUUCCCUUCGGGAGACCGUGGAGAAAUCUGUGCUGGACGACCCGUGCGACUGCGUGAAAGACGAACAGAGCAAGACGUCCACCACGGGCAUCAUCAUCGGCAUUCACAUCGGAGUCACCUGCAUCGUCUUCUGCGUGCUCUUCCUCGUCUUCAGCUACCGCGGCAGGUUAAUGACGUGUAAGGCGGCUCAAGCCACCCCCCAGGCGGGACACAGCGCCGUGCGGGAGUCCUCUUCCUCUUCCCAGGGGGCUUCGGGGCUGAAUGAGGCCGGCAGGAGAGCGAUGGAGGUCAACGGCGGCGCAGCGGGGAAGAAAGUGGUCGACAGCAACGAGCUCGAGAGACUUUUCACUCAGACUAAUGCACGAGACGCAUGCAUGUCCGACUCCUACGCGCUGAACGACACCCAGCUGUCCACGAUACCGCUGGACGAGUUCGCCGUGGAGCGGGAGACUCGGUUCCAGGAGCAUCCUGCGGCGGCGGCGGGGGCGGCUCAACAGGACCAAGGCUGAACACGUACAAAGGCCAAUUCACACGACGCGACCCAGCGUCCACUUAGACUCUUCUCUCACUCAGGUUGACAAGUGUUUCUUUUCAAAGUAGUUUUUUUUUUUUUCAUUUUUGUGCAAAGACUUUUUCUUUUUCUAUAAGUUAAUAAGUUCUGGAGGAUCUAGGACUGUUAUUCGGGGUGUUUCUGGCCCCCGGCUAAUUUCCAGCUAGGCAGGCCGGCGAAAUAUCUCAUGGUCUUUUUAUUUUAUUUUAUUUUUUUAUUUUAUUUUUCAUUUUCCAGGUGUUGGGCAGCACAGAGAACAAAGGCCCCAGAAUGUCCUUGUUAUACAAUGACUUUAUUUUUAAGUUUACAAAAAAAAAAUAUAUAUACAUAUAUAUAUCUUUAUCACCUAUAUGUGAAAGUGGUUAUAAGUUAUUGGUCUUAUCUCUACUUUUCUGCGGACGUCAAAGACUCCUGCUGCCUGCUCUCACCUACCAAUGAUUCCACCUUCUUGCUCAAAAAGGAGACCUCAGCCUUCUUCCAGGGAUUCGAUAUAUUCUGUCUCAGGACUUUGUUUCAGUGAUAUCAGCAUUUUUUUUUUUUUAUUUUUAUUUUUAUCUUAUGAGUUCUCGGCCUUCAUUACAGGCAUUAGACUUGGCUGUGCGAACCUUAACGAUAUAUAACAAAAACCUACCUCAGCCGGAAUGAAUGUGUUUUUUGCGGGGAAGCUUUUAGGGACGCUGACCUUCUUCCCCCCAGUUUGUGCUCACGAUUACUUUACACGCGGAGGAACUGCUUGGUUUGAAAACAAAAAAAAAAUGACAAGAUCAGGUGCCGCUCUACCUCAGAUGUCAAGGAUCUUCUCUCGUCUCCUGCUCGUCAAAGACAAGAAAAAAGAAAGAAAAACAAACAAAAAAAAAAGAAAGAAA